AUGGGAAGCCGUGGGGCAGCAUGGAAUACCCUGGGACACCAUGGAAUACCCUGGGACACCAUGGAAUACCCUGGGACACCAUGGAAUACCCUGGGACACCAUGGAAUACCCUGGGACACCAUGGAAUACCCUGGGACACCAUGGAAUACCCUGGGACACCAUGGAAUACCCUGGGACACCAUGGAAUACCCUGGGACACCAUGGAAUACCCUGGGACACCAUGGAAUACCCUGGGACACCAUGGAAUACCCUGGGACACCAUGGAAUACCCUGGGACACCAUGGAAUACCCUGGGACACCAUGGAAUACCCUGGGACACCAUGGAAUACCCUGGGACACCAUGGAAUACCCUGGGACACCAUGGAAUACCCUGGGACACCAUGGAAUACCCUGGGACACCAUGGAAUACCCUGGGACACCAUGGAAUACCCUGGGACACCAUGGAAUACCCUGGGACACCAUGGAAUACCCUGGGACACCAUGGAAUACCCUGGGACACCAUGGAAUACCCUGGGACACCAUGGAAUACCCUGGGACACCAUGGAAUACCCUGGGACACCAUGGGAAACCGUUGUACCCCGUGAAACUUCGUGGGACAAAAGCCACGAAGAGAAUUUACCGUGGGGCAGAGUAGGAUAUCCUAAGAACAUCGUGGGAUGUCCUGGGACAUCGAGAUACACUGUGGGACAUCGAGUUCUCAUUCCAGGAACGAUAACCAUGUGCUUGGUCGGUACAGUCUACGGAUGGACAAACUCUUCAUUUCUCCCUCUAACAACUGGAAUCGGCGAAGUGCCGCUAAGGUUAACACACGACGAAUAUUCAUGGAGCGUUUCUUUGACAGUACUUAGUUCAAUGAUCGGUUCACUUCUGGCUGCGCAGUUGGCCGAUCGCAUCGGUCGUAAAUACUGCCUUGUUGCAUGCAGCAUAAUGUUCACCAUAGGAUGGCUCGACAUGUACUCCGCAACUUCUGUGCAAAUGCUAUACUUUGCCCGGGGGAUUCUCGGUAUAGGCGUUGGUAUUGCCAGCACGAUAAAUCCCAUGUUCGUGUCAGAAGUCGCCGACGUCAAACUCAGAGGACGCCUGAGUACUCUAAUCGCAGCGAACGUAUAUUUCGGGUCACUACUAACCUACGUUACUGGAUCCUCGCUGACGUACACGUCACACCUGCUGGCUCUUGCAGGAAUAUCCGCUAUCUCCAUCUUGCCGCUCAUAUACAUACGCGAAACUCCGUAUUUCUUGGUGGCAAAAGGUAAAAAGGAGCAAGCAUGCAAGUCGAUAGCAUAUUACAAAGGCAUCGAAGAUCCGGACCAAGUGAAAGUCGAACUACGUGCUCUACGCGCAGAAGCCAGAUACGGAUUACACCAACAAUUCACAAGCGAUUUACACGAAUCCAGGAGAGAUUUAACCACACCGUAUAGUAUCAAUUUGCCCCCUCCAUCAAGUGGCGAUUUACCCCCAUCGUACAGUACUCUUUUCCCCCCACCAUCAUGUAGAGAUUUACCCCCACCUUACAGAAGCAAUUUACCCUCACAAUCAAUACGCGAAACACACUCAGACCCCACACGGGAAGUAGUAGGCACAGAAGCCACGUCCGAUUUAAACUUACCAUCCAGUAGCGACUCACACUCACAAUCCAUAUCCUCAGUAGAUUCAAAAUUCAAAUGCGAAGUACGCACACUAACCACGGGCGAAUUACGCGUAGAAUACUCGCGCGUCUCGCCCGGGCUACCACUCCAAACCUCGCUCGAAUUACACUCACAAUCUGCAAGCGACUUACACCGACAAUCCACUAGCCAAAUACACCGGCCCCCGACAAGCCAAAUACACCCAGACCCCACAUGCGAAAUGUACCAACCAUCCACAAGCGAAAUACAUCCACAAACCACAAGCGAAAUACACCCAGAAGCAACAAGCGAAAUACCUCCAGAAAUCACAAGCGAAAUACACCCAGAAGCAACAGGCGAAAUACACCCAGAAACCAUAAGCGGAAUACACCAAGAAGCAACAAGCGAAAUACACCCAGAAGCAACAAGCGAAAUACCUCCAGAAAUCACAAGAGAAAUACACCCAGAAGCAACAGGCGAAAUACACCCAGAAACCAUAAGCGGAAUACACCAAGAAGCAACAAGCGAAAUACACCCAGAACCAUCAUCAUGUAGAGAUUUACCCCCACCUUACACAAGCAAUUUACCCUCACAAUCAAUACGCGAAACACACUCAGACCCCACACGGGAAGUAGUAGACACAGAAGCCACGUCCGAUUUAAACUUACCAUCCAGUAGCGACUCACACUCACAAUCCAUAUCCUCAGUACACUCAAAAUUCAAAUGCGAAGUACGUACACAAGCCACGGGCGAAUUACACGUAGAAUACUCGCGCGUCUCGCACGGACUACCACCACAAACCACGCGCGAAUUACACUCACAAUCCGCAAGCGACUUGCACCGACCAUCCACUAGCCAAAUACACCGGCGCCCGACAAGCAAAAUACACCCAGAUCCCACAUGCGAAAUACACCAAGCAUCCACAAGUGAAAAGCAUCCAGAAGCAACAUGCGAAAUACACCCAGAAAGCACAAGCGAAAUACUCCCAGAAACCACAAACGAUAUACACCGACCAUCCGCAAGGCAAAUAAACCGACCAUCCACAAGCGAAAUACCUCGAGAAAUCACAAGAGAAAUACACCCAGAAGCAACAAGCGAAACACACCCAGAAACCACAAAUGAAAUACACCGACCAUCCACAAGCCAAAUACACCGACCAUCCACCAGCCAAAUACUCCCAGAAACGAGAAGCGAAUUACACUCACGAGCCAGAAGCGACUUAGGCACACAAUCCAGAGUGGAUUCACGAGCAUCAGCGGACAUAUCUGAGCCAUACAUGGAUUUAACUAAAUAUACCUGUUUAGAAAAGCUGCGAGCAAUACUACAACGAAGCAACAGGAAAGCUCUGUUUAUCGAAUUUGUCACGUCUUUAAUUUUGCAUCUAGUUGUGUUUCACAUUGGUUUAGGUACGUUACUCAACGUUUUCCUAUGUGACUUAUUUCCUACGAAACUGAUAGGCUUUGUGGGUGCCAUCGUUGUCAUUUUCGAUGGUGUAAUUGGUUUUACCGUGUCGAAACUGACUCAAGUGAUUACCGAUAAUAUAGGAGUGUUUGACAAUUACGCGUUGUUCGCGUCAUCAUGCUUUGUGGCAUUAGUGAUGAUGUUCAUAUGCGUACCGGAUACAAGAGGAAAAACAUAUCGCGAGAUUGAAGCACUUCUAGCUGGUGAAAAUUUGAAUCCUUUGAAUGAUGAAGUUAACAACGAUGAAAUGGAUGUUCGUAGAAUAUGACAGGAAAAAUUGCAACGUACGUCCGUGGCACGGUGUUUACAUACUCGGAAUAUAUUAUUUCUCAUUUUUAUUAGUAUAACGAUAAAGAUCUACAA